CACGGCUCGGUUUGAACUGCGCAGCGGCUCCUCUGCCUUCCCAUUGGCCCGCGGAGCAGCGACUCGCAGUGACGGCGGACAGCAGCAGGUCGUGUGUGUGUUGUGUGUGUGUGUGUGUGUGUGACAGGCUGCUAGCAUCACACGCCACUUUCCGAAGGAGCUAACGCCAGCGAAGUUGACCGAAUUCGUGUCACACACAACCACCGCCGAGGAAACGCCGCCGAGCGAACGGACGCACCGCCUUCAUUGCCGAGCACGGCGAGGAUGCGCGUCCCGGCGGGAGACGGAUGAAGAUGACGUCGCUGCCACCGCUGCGGCGACUCGUGUCGGUGUGGCUCUGCGUGGCGGUGGUCUGCCGGUACCCUAGUUGCUAUGUCGGUUGCACGGAGACGCACCAAGAGGCCCAGGGGCCCGAGUCCCCACAGGACGUCAGUGCGGAGGAAGAGUCGGGAGGAAAGACUCCUCAUCAAAAGGUUGAGGAGAGCUGGGUCUCACCUUCCCGGUACUUAUCAGAAAAUGAACUGUUGUUUGAGGAUUAUCAGCAGAACGAGGAGCAGACAACAACAGAACAACAUUCAGAGGCCUUUGAAGUGAAAAGUCCAAAUGUUGAGGCAGAAGUGGAGGCAGACGGGGAAAGUCCACAGCCCAGGUCUGAACCCGAGCCGAGCUCAGAAAACAGAAAUCAUGAAACCUCUGUCAUCCAAGGGCCUGAUUCAGCUGCUCCUCUCCCAUCAUCUGACCCUGCCUCUGGUUUUUCUGCUGAGCCUAAAGACAAUCCCAGCAUCCUCAACCCUCAAGACAACUUCCCAAAUAGUGUUUUAGAUGAUGCGUCUGAUGUAGCUGCACCUGAGGUCCUUGAAUCUGACCUUCCUCCUGCUGUCUGUGAAGAAGAACAAGAAGAAGAAGAAGACAAUCCAUAUGACAACGAUAGCAGUCCGCCUAUGGUUCUGGAGAACUCUUCCAAUGCUCACGCCGCAGGUACUAAAAGCCACACUGAUCCCCCGCUGACAUCCUCAGUCGGCCAGAGUGCACAGCAGCCGGAGGCCAACAUGUCACAUGCGCUUGAUGAGCAGGGCCUGAGCUCCUCCGUCACCACAGACACAGAUUCCGGUGUGAGUGGCAAAGAUCCCGAGGAAAUCCCCACUUUUGAUGAGUGGAAGCGGAAGAUGAUGGAGGUGGAGAACGAGAAGACUCAGUCAACUCACACCUCUAACAAUGGUGGCAUUCAUACGCUGAAGAAGGCCCAGAAGAACUUCAAUAACUAUGCCUCAGUCGAAUGUGGAGCCAAGAUCCUCGGUUCUAACCCAGAGGCCAAGAGCACUUCAGCCAUACUGAUGGAGAACAUGGACAUGUACAUGUUAAACCCCUGUAGUAACAAGAUCUGGUUCAUCAUUGAGCUCUGUGAGCCCAUCCAGCUGAAGCAGCUGGACAUUGCCAACUUUGAACUCUUUUCCUCCACUCCCAAAGACUUCCUGGUCUCCGUUAGUGACAGAUACCCAACAAAUAAGUGGUUAAAGCUGGGAACCUUUCAUGGCCGGGAUGAACGGACAGUCCAGAGCUUCCCAUUAGACGAGCAUCUGUAUGCUAAAUAUGUGAAGAUGUUCACCAAGUACAUAAAGGUGGAGCUGGUCUCUCACUUUGGCUCUGAACAUUUCUGUCCUCUCAGUCUCAUAAGAGUUUUUGGCACGAGCAUGGUGGAAGAGUACGAGCAGAUUGCAGAUCCCACUGAAAGACCAGAGGAUCAGGAUGACGACCUGGAUUAUCCCUCUGGAUACGCACCCGGUGAAGUCAAGUUGUCCAAGAACCUGAUCGGAUCAGCAAAAGAUGUCAUUUUGAACAUGGUCAAUAAUAUUGCCGUCAAUGUUCUCGGUGGAGGCCCAGAGAUGCAAGUCAAUGUUUCAUCCGAAGACGUGAACGUGACCGAUCCAUCAGCGCUGCUGGAAAUCCCAACUCAAACCACCACGACAGAUCUUACCUCAGUUCCAGACUCUGAAGAGGUAGACAUUAUACCAGACCCUGAGAUCCCUGAAACUAGAGCACCCUCUUCAGAGAUCCCCAUGUCGGAGACACCUGAUACGGAUACUUACCAACGAGAGCUCCCCCCAGUGUUGGAACAAAACCUUCAACCUUUAGAGAAAGAUCAGGAAGAACCAAUCAGCUCCACAAUCGUCCUUUUAGAUACGGAGGAGGAGGAGGAGUCUGAUGAAGAGAAAAUGGAUCAUCACAAGCGACGAGAUAAUCAGUAUUACUGCGCACUUCUUCCUUCAUUUUCUUCUUCGUGCUCUUGUGCCGCUUCCCUCCAGGAAAACCUCAUUCAGCAGUGUUCGGCCCUGCUGUCCAAAAAGAGGAAAUGCCAAACAACGGACAUAAAGCAAAAGCCUCCUUCUAUAACACCCACUUGGCAACAACCCCUGUCCCCCUCCGCCGGCCCCGAGCCUCAGCUGCACCACAGCGAGGUACAUGAGAAGGAACAUGCUUCUGAGCAGGAGCCAGCGACUGGAGGCAGCUCAUCAGAAGAAACGCAGCCUCCAGGCAACACGAUAGAAUCUCACAAAGAGUCCACGUCCGAACCUCCUCCGCUGGAGCCCAGUCAAACCUCGAUCCUCCCCGAACCCAGUGCCACCGAUUCAUCUGCCGCCAAACCUACUCUCAUUGUCGAAACUCCACAGCUGCCUUCUGAGGAAAUGGCCAAGGAGCAAAGGCCAGAGAAGAGCCCGGAUGUGCCGGCUGUAGAGAAGCACACUGAGCCUUCAGUCUCUGUCGGUGGCUCCAUCCACGUGAAAACCAGUGUCAGUGCCACGGUUAGCGAUGCCGCAGUGGAACCAACUGAGGAGAAGCCUAAUGUCGACGUAGCUCAGUUAGAAUCAAUGACCCCUGUCCUCAUCCCAGAUAGGACGGAUCAGACCCGGGUUCUGCCUCCUACCACGUCCCUUCAUUCAGAACACCACCCCGACCCACCAGCUGUACCUAAAAGUGGCCUGGCUUCCACCGGGCCGCUCCAACCGGCUCCAGACGGCGUCACAGAACUUGAGCCCCCCGCCGGCCUGGCGGUCCUCACCGAAACCAAAACGGAGGAUCUCACAGAAGACGUCUCCACAUCAUUGGUCGGCAGCGGUCAACUGCCUCUCCCCUCUUCUCCUCCUCCUCCUCCUCCUCCCUCAGCGUCCCUCUCAGACAUCUACGCAGAGAGCCCUAACAUCGUAGAGCAGAAUGGCAACCUGGUGCAUGGCUCUGGCCAGAAGGAGUCGGUGUUCAUGCGACUCAACAACCGCAUCAAGGCCCUGGAGAUGAACAUGUCGCUCAGCGGACGCUACCUGGAGCAGCUGAGUCAGAGGUAUCGAAAGCAAAUGGAGGAGAUGCAGAAGGCUUUCAACACAACCAUCAUCAAACUCCAGAACACCUCUAGAAUAGCAGAGGAGCAGGACCUGCGUCAGACUGAGUCCAUUCAGUUGCUGCAGGGCCAGCUGGAGAAUGUGACUCAGCUGGUUCUCAACCUGUCUGACCGAGUGAGCCAGCUGCAGGAUGAGGUGUCAGACAGACAGAACUACCUACUGCUGUCUCUGCUGCUGUGUCUGUGUCUCGGCGUGUUGCUGUGCACCAACCACUGCCGCAUCGCCACUGUUCCUCCGGCCGCGGAACCGGAGCCGCCCAUACCCAAGAGCUACACCUACUGCUGCCCCGAAAGGCAGUUCUCCUCCGGUGACGAAAUGGGUCUGAAGAGGAGUGCGUCCUAUCCACUGAUACACUCUGAGUCAUUCCAGUUAGCCACCACUGAAGGCCCAGAGGACACGCAGAGUCUUUGUCCAGCUAACAGAAAGAGGCGACGUCGUAAGAUAAAACCCACAGACAAGGUGGAGACUCUAAAACCCUCUUUCCACGCCGCUUCAGAACUGAGCAACGGAGUGGUCGUGUGUAACGGUGGUGUGCCCGUCACCCGUCACCCUACACCCUUCACAAACAGGUUUCUUCAGCCACUCUUCAGAGACUCGCUGUCGGAGGGGAGCUCGGAGGGGUCUUCGCAUUCAGACGACCCUUCCUUCUGUGGCAUCACCACGGCCUGCUCGCGAAUCUGUGAUGGCUUCCCGCCGCCCAAGAGCCGGGCGGAGAAACGGGCACUGAGGCGCCGGCGUCCCAAGCCCGGCUGCGCCAUGGUGGACUUACUUCAAGUCCCACAGCGGGAUAAGAGGGAGCCGCUGGCCAUCUCCACCAUACAGGACAUCAUGAACAGAAAAACAGAGAAAGGCUCUGGGACGUUCGGGGUGAAUGUUUCCCUCACAGGUCCUGUCUGACACAAGAAAAGAUGCUCCACUCCUUCUCGCUGACUGCAAAACUCUUCCUAAAAGAUGACGGGCUUUCAUUUCUGUAGCCACAGGCAGCUAUGAGACUGUCCUCUUCACUCUCACUGUUCACUUUUGUUUUUUGUUCACGUUCCCUGCUCCAUUAUUGUCAGACCUUUUGUAUUUAUUAUACUUUGAGACAAAGAAAAUGUCUUCCCGGCUUUCAAUUAAAGCUCUUCUUCUGUUUGGAAAUACUGACUGUGACCAUUGACCUAAAACAACAGAAAGGACUGAACAGAGGGUUUGUUUUCCUACACACUGCGGACGUUGAACAUCAUUAUGUUGAAGACAUUUUGUCUCUUCAAAACAUCUAUCUCAUGCUGUGUGUUAUGUUUUUCGAUAGAUGACAGUGAAUUUGCAAAUAUUCUAUUUGAAAAAAUAAUGCUUCAUUAUGUAAAUUUUUUUCAACCUUUAAAAAGGUGAAAUGUGUGACAGUUGCAGCUGUGCACACAAGCGAAGAGGACAGCACACACUUACAUGCAGGUCGACAUUAAUUUAUUCAUGAGACGGUAACAAAAAAUGCAGCACUUUUUUCACCAGGGUCUGCGUGUAGCAGGACCCCACUCCGGUAACCUCCUCUUUUGUAAGUGUGUCGCUGCUCUGUGCAGCAGGGGGCAGUGUAAUCUUUGUGUAAAAACCUUCAGUGGUUGUUUUUUUUUUUUGAUCUAUCAUCGCCAUCAGUUUCCAUGUGAUGACUCAUUACUCAGGAUGGAAGUAAAUUACUUCAAGGGCUAACUCUGCUCUCCACCGCGCCAGCUCAUUUGCCUUUGUCUGGGUUUUUUUUGGUUUUUUUCCUUCUGCCGCUGCCGAAGCUGCUUUGUCCUUAUUAUCCUGUUUGUGUUCCGUUAUCACGUGUUUUUGUUCGAGUGAAACAAGGAAUAUCCCAGCUAAAUGUGCCAGCUGUGUUGUGCAGGGUUCAUUUGAAGUCUUUUUUUAAUGUUAAAAAAAGAAAAAAACACUCACAAUGAAAAUGUGUGUGAAGAUGGGAUUCAUUUUUUUGUGAUGUGCAGCCUCAACCAAAAGCAUUUAUCAUACAGCUCCAGCUGCGUUUUUCAAGUAUAAAAACGGGAUUAAUUCUAUUUGCUUUUACACACACACACACGAUCCCUCGCUGUGGUCAGAGCGGAGCGGUGGAUGUGAGAAAUUAGGUUAAAACCUCUUUAUUCAUCUGACCCGGUUGGGUUAUAGCAGGAGCCUUUCAGAGAUAAGCGUGCCUGAUGCUCUUCUCCCCCCCCCCUUCAUUUUGCUAACAGAAUUCCUAGGUUUCUCUUUUGCGGUGCGUCGUCCCAGAGAUUAUCUGUAAAUGCGGCGCCGCAAUCCUCUUUUCUCAGGCACUCUGCUUUUAUCUGAGGUCUGGUGUAGACUGAAAUAUUCUCAGUAUGCCGUUGUGUAUGCUUUUCAUUUUGGCAUACAGGUGUCUACUUUCUACUUUCCUGUUGGCUUGUGCACUCACUCUCGCCUGACUCCUUUUGAAAGGCCUACUGGCAGAAUCUACCCUCUAAUUUAUCUGCUACUUCCUACUCCACCAAUUGUACGUAAAGGUCGCUGUUCUCAUCAUGGAGCAAAGUACCGCUCAACCUGUGGAAACGGUUGUGCGAUGUCUUGUUUAAGAUAAUCCUGCAGCCGACCUUUCUCCUCUCCCUCAUUUGUCGUCUUGUAUGUUUAUGUUGAAAAGAUUCGCAAAACUGGCACAGAAACAAUCUUUAGCUCAGUUUGUGCCAUCCCAGGCAAAUUUCAGUCUUGCCCUUAUAUUAUGUCAGAACUCACUGUGACAGAAUCCUGGUUACGUUGUUUUUGGGCUAGGAUACUGAAAAGAAAAAGCUUUAUAAAUGAGAAUCUAUGGUACAAACUAUAGGAGCAUGUGGCAUAGACAGAUGUGGGCAUUUUACAAGGCAGAUAAAUGCUGCAUUCCAUUACUCCUCGGAGCGCGGAAGUCGGGUGGUGAAUUUUGCUGCGUUCCCAUUGUUCUCUGGACCGAACGACCUCCGACUCGGAGAAGUGCAAUGGAACGGCCUUUUCGAGUCGGGAUUCCAAAUCGGAACCACGGGCAAGAUCCAAUGUCGACGCAGUCGGUAGAGUUAUUGACGCUGUCCUGCAUUAUGUUAUAACUAACCUGUUUAUCAUACACAGUUUUGAGCUGUGUGGUACGUUAACUGAAUGAGCGAGACAAUCAUCAUCAGUACAUGCUUCUGAUGUUCGGAGGGUUGCCAAACAAAAACAGGAGUUUCCUGCUGGCAUCCAUGUUGUCCGAGCAGAUGCACUGGAAAGCGUUUACGUAGAUUGGAAGCCGGAAAAACACGACAAAGAAUUAUCGACUUCCGACUUGCAAUCCUUGAAUUUCUGUCAUUCCGAGAUUAUAACGGAACGAUAACACGUUCAAUGCAAGGCAAUAGGUCGAACAAAAGGAUGCUGAUGGUUGCUUUAUGGGCAAAUGUAGUAUCCAAAGUCUUGGUAGCUACGACUCAAUUUACCCAAAAUAUCGGCGCUGCUUUUGCUUAUUUUAGUCUGUCUUUUUUUUUUUUUCAAUCUGUCAAUUACUUGUAGUAUUAAGUAUAUUUCAGUACGUUUCAUGCGGCGUUAACAGAAAUGAUUGUUGAAUUAUAAGACUCUGACGUUCUCGGUGUUGUUAAGCCGACCCGGUUCACUCACGUGUGAAGCCUUGGAGAGUGCCGGCUCUCGUUGGCCCUCAAUGCUCACCUGUCCUUUCAAAGGGCACACUCCAACCUUCACUUGCUCUUUCCAUCAUUCCAUUACUCGCUUUCCACUUUGAUUCACUUUUUCUCCACACUUGGCUAUUGAUUGACUCACACAUAUUUUUCUCGCCCCACUGCUCUCACCCUCCUCCUCCCUAUACCUCUCUCCUCUUUUCCUCUCACCAUGCACACUCCUCUCUCUCUCUGCAGGAUCCCGCCAGUGUGAAUGCGUGUGAUUGGAGGAGAAUAAUCCUCCGAGUGCUUUGCUCUCUCAGAUUUCUUUUUGGGUGAAUGGGGAGCAGAGGGGGUGUUUCUUUGAUGUUCUGCGGAUACCAUUUGAGGCCGCGGCAUUAAAUGCGGAUUUACAAUUUCUGUCAUAGAUUCUCCCAUCCCCUCCCGCCGCCAUCUUCACGGGUUGCUAUUGCUCAUUUCCUUCUUUUUCCUUUAAUUGCACCACUCGAUUUUUCCCGCGACCCAAUUUGCUGCACUGUCGUUGGGCAUCCCACCGCCGGACACACUGUGUGGUGGCUGGUAAUUUAGGAGCAGUUGAGUCUCCUUCGUGGUCGGGGCAGCAGUGGCUUUUUCUGACGGGGGCGUUUAGCAGCGUGCUUAGCAAGAGGCCGAUAAGACGUUGGCAGCCACUUGAAAUCAAUUCGGGCCAUAUGCCUCCACCCUGAGCACUCACACUGCCACAGAAGUCCCGCUCCCCUUGAUUAAGCCCCGGCGCGCAGUAGCCGCUGAAGCAGCCAAUUCAAAAAGGCUGCAGCAGACAUGCCAUAUUUGAUAGGCCUCUGGUUGGAGAUGUGUGUGUGUGUGUGUGUAUGAAUAACAGUCAGCUCCAGGGAAGCUUCUGCCUAAUGUUUCAUGCGCUUCAUUUCCUCCGCGAUUCUCUGUCGUCUGAGAUUCGCUGCUGUCCGAUGCGAGCGCACAGGAACACGAGGUGUUCCCCGUGAUCGUGGCCCGUCCGACACAGGAGCCCGGGGGCCACUGAUAGAUACGCUUUCACAUACACAUUCAUACAUUCUGCAUUCUCGGGGUGGGGGUUCAGACGUAGACAUACAAUAUUGAGUCCACAGUCACUGGGUCGCGCCGUUUUCUGUCUCACGCGAAGCCCACACGAGUGAGACACAGCUGAGACACGCGCGUUCGCACAGAUGAGAUGUGACAUGUUGACUAAAUACAGGAGAGGAUGCACACCAUUCAGCCCAGAGUGAAGCAUGAUCAUGCAUGACGUGCACAUUCGGGGACGCACGUAGCCUAACCUUUUCCCUCGCUGAUGAGUGAGUCACAACCCAGAUGCCAAAGGUGACCUUACACGGUUGCGUGCCUCCGACCGUAUGGAGUCAAACUCCACGCUUCCAGACUGUAGGAGCCAUAUCUCACAAUGGUUCUUUAUUGUUUAUUAAUCUCAUGUCAUUCUGAAUCUUUUUCAUAUUUGUCCUUUUCAGCUGAAUUAUUUGUGAACCUUCCAUGAAAGAUUGAGCAGCAUUGUACAUAUCGGAGUAGACGCACCUGAUCUUGACCGUCACACACACACACACACACACACACACACACACACACACACACACACACACACACAUACACACACACACACACUAGACUGUGUUCAUUUGAUAACAUACAGUGUGGAAAUGACGACUAUUAUUAUGAAUUCAUGGCGGAUUCCUAGUUAAAAUUUAAAACUGAGAUACACGCUCUACUACAUACAUGGGAGAGCAUGGAAAUGUGAGUUAAUGUAAAGUAAUCAUAAAAUAAAGAAAGGUUCCUUCUGAGAGUUCA